AUGCUCCCCGCGACGCUCCUUGCUGCCCUUAUGGCGUUCGGGCCCGCUGCCGUCUCCGCUGCGCCUCUUCCCGGCUUCUUGUCAUCUCUGGAGCUCCGCGUCCGGCACCUGUUGGAGAGGCAAGAUGCGAACUCGACGACUUCCGCCACGGCGUUGUCGCAGCUCCUGGCGAAGAUCACCACCUCAGGUUCCUCGUCAAACGGUGCUGUGAAUGCUUUGGUCUCGACAUCUGACGACGACGAUAACAAAGCCACGACCGUCGCCCUCAGCAAUGAUACCGUGAACGCAGCCUUCCUUCGUAGUGCACAAUUUGCGCAGGUAUCAUACUGCUCCGCGGCAGCUGUUUUGUCCUGGACUUGCGGCACUCCCUGCGACAACCUGCCCAACGUGGAUGUUCUUCAAGCAGGUGGAGACGACGAAGAGGUCCCUGGAUACUUCAUCGCACACGACCCCGACGCAAACCAGAUCGUGGUCGCCCACCAAGGCACCAACUCGCACUCCAUCAUCUCCAUCGCGAAUGACGCUGCUUUCGCUCAAGUCCCACUCAACAAGACCUUGUUCCCCGUACAAUGGAGCAAUGACACCAAGGUCCACCAAGGCUUCCAGGAGACGCAGGGCAGAACCGCAGACGGCGUGCUUUCUGGCGUGCAAAACGCGAUCGCGAAGACCGGCGUCAAGAACAUCCUUGUUACGGGUCACAGCCUAGGUGCUGCUAUCGCCACCAUGGACGCGAUCAUGCUGUCGCAGAACCUCGAUUCGGACGUCAACAUCAACACGAUCGUCUUCGGCCUGCCCCGCGGCGGCAACUCGAACUGGGCUAACCUGGUCGACAAGACGCUCGCUCCGCAAUUCGCGCACAUCUCUAACCAGCACGACCCCGUCCCGACCGUGCCUCCGCAAUUCCUUGAGUACGUCCACCCCACGGGCGAGAUCCACAUUGCGGCAGCCUCGGACGAGGGCACGCCCGAGGACAUCGUCAACUGCCCCGGAACCGAGAACGAGAACUGCGCAGCCGGAAACAGUAUCUUGGACGUCGAUGUCGGCAACCAUGAGGGCCCGUACUUCAGGAGCGACAUCAUUAUGGCUGGCAACGGCUGCCCGCUUUGA